UUGGUGUUUACUAAACAAUUACUACUUUUUGUUUUUAUAGAAAUGAAUGAGGACUUAAUUAAAAUUAGGCGUUUUCUGAAGGAGCGCUUACAACGCGACUAUACAACAUUGCAUGGCCAUGAAAUGGAGCGUGAAAACGUUCGCCAGUUGCUGCUACGUACUGCGGAGUUGGGCGAAUCAAAUUCGCUCUUGCUUAUUGGCCCGAGAGGAUCUGGAAAAACUACAUUAAUUAAUGCAGUGCUUGCCGACCUUGUGCCUUCCGCCGAUUUUCAACAAAAUACGAUUUUAGUGCACUUAAAUGGUAAUCUGCAUACGGACGACAAAUUGGCACUUAAAUCCAUCACCGUGCAAAUGCAACUAGAAAACGCUGCAAAUGGUAAAGCAUUCGGCUCAUUCGCAGAAAAUUUAGCUUUUCUUUUGGCAUGUCUAAAGUCGGGCAAUAAACGUUCGAAAAGUGUUAUUUUCAUACUCGAGGAAUUCGAUCUAUUCUGCUCUCAUCACAACCAAACCUUAUUAUACAACUUGUUCGACGUAUCACAGUCGGCACAAGCACCGAUAUGUGUGCUAGGGGCAACAUGCCGACUGGAUGUCAUAGAAUUGUUGGAAAAGCGAGUGAAGUCUCGAUUUUCGCACAGACAAAUUUUUCUCUUUCCUACUGCUGAUACUUUUGAAACAUACUUGGACCGUUUCGAAACGUUGCUAAGCAUACCCCAUGAGAAAGAACUGAAGCAGGCAGCGGAACGGGUGUCUCACUUAAAAAUGCUUAAUUCAGAUGAGCUUACUAUUCAUCGCAAUCACUUCAAUCCUGCCAAGUACAAAUUUAACAAAAAAUAUAUUGAAUCCUGGAAUAACAGCAUAGCGGUGUUGAUAGAUGACAACAAAUCAGCAGUAGUGGCUGCGUUGCAGACAUUUUUCGAAAUAGAUAAAAGCGAAUCAUUUUUAAAAGUUCUAUUAUUUCGUUUGGUGGCACAAUUAGAUCCGAAUUCUCAACCACGAAUAACCGCAGAACAGGUGUGUGAAGUUAUUGCAACCUACACCGUUGAUCCGAGGGUAGAAUUACUCUGUGGUCUCUCCGUUCUUGAACUAUGUCUCGUAAUUGCCAUUAAACAUCAUUCCGAAAUCUACGACCGUGACCCCUUCAAUUUUGAAAUUAUUUUUGCUCGCUUUGCGAAGUUUGCUAAGGUUUCAACAACUAUGCAGGGCAUCGAACGCGCCGUUUCGUUGAAGGCAUUUGAACGUCUACGCCAUAUGGAGAUGAUUUUGCCGAUUUCUAGCGUAGUGGGCAAGGUACAAAAAGAUUUCGAAAUGCAUCGCCUAGCAUUAACUUAUGGGCAAAUAAACGAUGCCGUACAAAAGUAUCAAGCACUGCCCACCGAAGUUGCUCAGUGGGCGCAGAGUUCUAUAAUUUGAUGCGGACCAAAUUAAUAUUAUAAUUAAGUUUUUAUUUUAUU